CGCUCCGGUCCGAUGAAACGCCGAGGACAAGAGAGACGGAGAGCAUCCAGAGCUUCUUCUUCGUUUGCCGGCUCCCACACACAACCGCGACGUUUCCCGAGCCCUCACUCCACCACCACCACCUACUGUCGCUUCCUUGACCCUAACCGCCCUCCUAUAACUCCCCAAAACCUGCUGCCCCAUCCAAUCAGUAGCCACUUGGGGAACAAACGACGAAUCCAAUUGAGCUCUCCCUUUUGCCAGUGCCGCACGCACACGCGAUUCCACCGAUCGAUCUACCGCUCUCUCCUGCAGUCUUGGGGCUACUGGAUCGAUCUGGUCGUUGCUUAAUUUCUUCCGGUUGAGGCGUGCAAGCUACACCGUGCCCUUUGCUCCACGCCGGUUAACUAGCCGGCGACCCUGCGCGAUCGAGCCCAUCCUACCUAGUUCAUAGGGUUCCUUUCUUGGCAUCUGGUUCAGCUCCUACUUUUGGUUAGCCUCCGAGGUGGAAGCAGAGAGCCUGAUCCAAGGAGGGCAGACAUGGCCACUGCCGCUUCCACCAUGUCCCUGCUCCCGCUCUCCCAGCUCAAGCAGCUUCAGCAGCAGCGCCGGCAUGGCGGCGCCAGCUCCGUGCUCGUGCUCGGGCGGCGGAAGCGAUUCGUCGUGCCGAGGGCGCGCCUGUUCGGUCCGGCCAUCUUCGAGGCGUCGAAGCUCAAGGUGCUGUUCGUGGGGGUGGAGGAGGAGAACUCGAAGCACCCGGGGAAGCUGCCGCGGACCUACACGCUCACCCACAGCGACGUCACGGCGCGCCUCACGCUGGCGGUGUCGCACACCAUCCACGCCGCGCAGCUGCAGGGCUGGUACAACAGGCUGCAGCGGGACGAGGUGGUGGCCGAGUGGAAGAAGGUGCAGGGCGCCAUGUCGCUGCACGUCCACUGCCACAUCUCCGGCGGCCACUUCCUCCUCGACCUCAUCGCGCCGCUCCGCUACUACAUCUUCCGCAAGGAGCUACCCGUGGUUCUGAAGGCGUUCGUGCACGGCGACGGCAGCCUGUUCAGCAGCCACCCGGAGCUGGAGGAGGCCACGGUGUGGGUCUACUUCCACUCCAACCUCCCGCGCUUCAACCGCGUCGAGUGCUGGGGCCCGCUCCACGACGCCGCCGCGCCCUACGACGACGAAGUCGCCGUCGACGCGCCGGCCGCCGACCCUACCAUGGCCAUGACGGCCGCGGAUGAGCCGCAGACGAUGCCGCCGGCGAGCGAGUGGCCGCGGCGGUGCGCCGGGAAGUGCGAGUGCUGCUUCCCGCCCGAGUGCCUCAUCCCCUGGCCGCACGAGCGCGACAUGGCGGCGGCCACCGACGCCGGCCAGCCGCCGCCCCAGUGA